UGUAGGUUUUGUGGAAUAAUGCGACCUAAUAAUAAAAUAAAUGAAACAGAUUACACCUAAUAUGUAAACCUAAUACAAUAAAGCAAAGGAAACCUUAUAAAGAGGUCACUAUCCUUAGUAAAUAUCGAGCCAAGUAAAUAUAUAUUAAAAAUUAUUUAGUGUCGCUCCCAAAGUCUUUGUUUACUCACCUAUUAUUUCUGUCUGAUUGCAAAAUGAAAAUCGCGAUAGUGUUAAAACUUUUCUGUUUAAUUUUAUCAGUGUCAAAAGUAACAUGCCAAAUAGAGCGCUCUUCGACGCCUUUAAAUGUCGAGACCCAGACUCAUAGAAAGGAGGUAAUUGAUACGAAUAAGGACACAGUCAGGAGAAUACAAGCACUGGAAAAUUGUGUUACCAGUUUACUUGAGAUAAAAAUCAAGCCACUCAAAGCGGACGAUUGUUGCCUUACGAAAAUAUGCUUUAACAAUUACCUACUCAAUAAAAUUGUUCACAGCCACUCCCAAGUUAAAGGACUUUUACUGAAAUUGUGCACCGACAAAUUUUGUUUGGAUAAAGAAAAUACUUUCGGAUGUAAUUUAUCAGCUAAUAUUUUGCCAGAAAAUUACACUUUUAGUUCAUUAUUGGAAGCAAAUAGAAGCAGCAGCGAUGGGUCACCAAAGAUUGGUAAUAAAUCAGACAAUAUUCAGUCUCAAUCAGAAGAAAACGAUGAUAAGAAGAUAGUUCGAUCGAAUAACGGCUUCAUCGCAAGCAACUCACCGAUUACAGACGGCUUACAGUUUUUGGACGUUCCCAGGGGAGACGAUAUGCGGAUCCCUGGCCUUCGCAUCCUGAACGAGUACUUGUUAUUCGGUCCUUUUUCCACUUUAAUGGGAUAUUUACAACCGGCUGGAUUCCCUUUAGAGUUGCUGAAGGAUUUCUUGGACCAGAAAAUUGGUUUUGAAAUAUUUGUAAUGCAGGUGCUUAAACUGGAAAUGGUAGUGGUUGGUUGGAUCUUGUUCUGGGCGAUGUUAUCAAUUGGAUUGCCGUUCGCAAUCAGUGCCCAAUUGUGCUGUCGCGGCAACAUUCGACGCCUGGACGAAGAGUUUUCUACAACCGGUUCGACCACGAAUUUCUACGACAAAUGGACCGGAAAUACGCUCGUCGUCCUUCUACACGUCCUAUUAGUGUUGCUGCUAUGUCCGAUAAUCCUGAUCCUUGCUGGCAACGAGCAAAUUUCCAAAUCGAUUUCGAACGCCGAGUACAGUCAGGAGAUAAUAUAUGAAGAUAUCCACACUUUUAUCAGAAACACACAUAUGCAAAUUUCUUUGGUAACGACUUCAUCGACCGAUAUCACUUUCGAGGCAAUAAGGAAAGAUUUUGAGGAUCUCGAAAACCUUCUGGGAAAACCUUAUCAACAAGCUCUGGCCGCAGAAACAGGAAUAGACAUAGCCUUAGAAGCCUUGCAAGAACUUAAAAUAUCUACUGCUCAAGUAACAAAUCUGGUGUCGGACAUAUUAAACGACUGCACAUUGGCAGGAAAAGAGAGCGUCUUACUACAGGAACAAUUACGAGAAAUAUCCAGGGAACUGACUACUGCCAGACAGCAGUGCAACUUGAAGGAUCGCGCUCUCUGCUAUACUCUACAAUAUUCUGGAUACGAUGUGGUUUUCUCUUGCGAAAAUAUAACUUCCGAUAAGAGAAUUCAACAUCUACAUCGUUUAGGUACGGAAGAUAAUUUUAAUAUCUCAAUUGAUAUUGCUGGAGAAGGAUUUGUUAAAAUUGAUGAACAUGUGGAGUCCGAUGCCAUACCAAAAGUUUCAGGUAGUUAUUAG